AUGAUAGUUAGCGUCACAAGUAAAUAUCCAACACUUGGUAAAAUAUUUGGUGAAGAUAUGAGUUUUUUAACAUCAGUGUUAGAACAAGAAUUCUCUCGUGAUCGAAAAGAAUAUUUAGUUGAUGAACAGGAACAAUCAGAAGAAUCUUCGAUUCAAGUUGAAGUUAAAACGGAUAUUGAAUUUGUACAUUAUCAACGACUUGUUCAAGAGAUGCAACCAAUCAAAGACGUUGCCGAAUUAUUUUCAGCUUUAUCAAUGAUCAACUGA